CAUUUCUGCGUGGAGUGGCCUUGCACUGAACGCCAAACUUCCAAACUGCAGUUUUUCUUGGCACUUUUCUCGACAUCGUUCAAAACUCUUGAUGAACUUUAAGCGGGGUUAGAUUUUCUUCGCGUUUCGUUUACUCGAGUUUGAACUUUCGGUUUUUUUCUGGCCAACUUAAAAGUGAGUUGUGUUUUCUAUAUUAGCGCACACUUAACACCCGGCAGUUCAGUUUUCAACGGGGUCUCUUCUUUUUCAGCGCUUGUUUAUUUUUCAGGAGGACUUGUCGCGUACUAACUCGCUUGCCAUCUCUUCUCUUUAUUGUAGGCGAUAUUUACAGGAGGAGGAACAAGCAACAUGUCUUGUGAAGAUAUAACAAAGCACAAUGGAGCUGAAGAACCAAAGAAGCAAAACAAGUCUUCACAUGGAAACGAGGUCAAGUAUUUCACGCGCUACAACGCGAUCCUUUCGGUUUUCUGCGUUAAGAUUUCGCAAGAAAUCUUUCAUUUUCGAGCGAAAGUUUCGAAAAACCUAAUCAACCCUUCAUCUUGUUGAAAAAUGUGAUUAAGCAGGAAAUUCAAGCCCUAUAAAGUCGUUUUUCCAAACCGAAAGUGUCUGAACCCAAAGGUUAUUGAAUAUUCAGACAUUGAAACACCUCAAGCGUAUAGAUCAGCGUGAUGGAAGGAAAUUACACUCACGCUAUAUCGGUCAUUCAAAAGCAUUUGGCUCCGUCGGUAUUUCACGUCUAGGCUUCGAUGGAUCUUGUUAAUUUUUGUGUACGGCCGGAAAGACGAAGCUUUUCACGCUUUCCGUGUUGCUUCGCGGUUGGUUCCCAAAAUAGCUUUUAAUUUAUGAAUUGAUUUCAUAACAUUUUGAUGCCAUUUAGCUACUUUUGUUUGUUCUAAGUCUUUUUUUCCUCCGUGGAAGGCGAAACAUUCGAGAGCGCUACCCUUUUCCCGGGCGUCCAUUAGAGUUUUUGAUGAUUUACGAUUUCGAAAAGAAAUAUUAUUACUGCUUUUCUGUGUCUUGCCCAAAGCGGAUUUGUUUUCACAUUUCACACUAGGCUGAGAUGGCCAUGACAAAAGCAGUCGACCUCAUCCUGCAAGGGUCGCACAUCGUGGCAUUUACUUUGAAGGCUUUUCUGUCAUUUGUUUUACUUCUUUUUUGUUCAUUGUAACAGUUAAAUUGACCAAAGUCCGAAAUUGACGUCAUGAAAAAAUUAUUCUUGCUCAACGCGAAACAGGAAAACGGACACCGCCUCACUUCAUUCCUUGUUUCUGGAUCGUCCUGGCAAAUAACGUGACGAUUGAUUUGAGAAAAAAUUAACAAACUGUUUUUAUCUCAGUUUUGUUUGUUCUUCAUUUUAAAAAUCAUAGCGGCUCUUUGGUAACAUCUCGAUUUGAUAUUCUUUCGCCGAUCGUUAGCAAUAUGGAUUCUCGAAAUCGAUAUUCAGUUAGAGUGUAAUAAUUGCUACCAGAGAUCUUUUCAAGGGACGAAACUGUUUUCAAUUCUAGUUUUUUAAUAUCGUGCCGUGGGAUGUUUCUUUUUCAAAUGAAAAUUUACAAAACUCUAUAUCUUCAAGGUUCGCAACCACUGAUUUCGGCCGGUCAUAAACAAAUUUUUACUUCCUCACGAGACUUGAAUCGAAGCGAUUUCAUGAUUAUCGACAAAUGACUUUUGACCGUGAUUAUUUCCUUCUUGUCGCACAAGUGUAUACUUUUGUUUCAUACCGUAAACGUUUACUGAUAAACGAUAGUCAGUUCCAAGUAAAAGAGAAGAGAAAAAACACAGAGAACGAUUCCGAACGCCUGGUCCGGCGAACGAAAUAACUCGCUUUGCUCAAGCUUUCAGUCAGCGAGGAGGUUAAACACACUCUAAAGGUCAAUCUGUCUCCACAUGUCGAAGCUGUUUUUUUUUUCUGAUAUUAAAUUUAAUACUUAAUCUCAAUCGUCACGCAAGUGCUGUGAACGACCUUUUCAAAAGCUAAUUUUCCUUUUCAUUCUUGGGUGGCUUAUGAAUCCUCGGAUUUGCAAAAAAUGGCGCCGGAUCUACGGAUUUGGGCCAAAAAGUAGCAAGCAUCCACGAAUUCGUUCGACGCCGCCUUUUUUUUGUUUUGUGUUAUUUUUCUUAUGUAUUUUUUUUUAGUUCCUAAUUAAAGAAUGAAAAAAGUAUACGGUAGUACAUAGAUAGUUUUGUGAUGAAUUACUUCUGGGCGAAGAGGUGUCCACAAUAAAUAUUCUGUAGAUGUUGCAGUAUUGAAAUGACGCAUUCAGGUUACUAAGUUGGAGUACAUAUAACAUCAAGCAGCAAAUAUAUUUGGUUAAUGGGCGAAAUGCUAAAGAACAAGAGAUUUUCCUGUUUUUUGGUGUUGUUGUGGUUCUGUUUUUUUUUUCUUGCGUAUGUGUCUGCGGAUCAAGAACGGUUCAUAUAUUUAAUAAGUAAAAUUUUACGGUUUACGGAGUAAAAUUUGCGCAAAGAUGCUUUCGGUGUGAAAAAAACGAACUUCAAAAACCAAAAGUGAUCUAAACAAUUGAAUCUUUUUUUUUCUUGUAUAAAUCAACUAUUCAACAAUUGCACCCACGAAUUUUUACACCAACUGUUGUUAUUAACUAUGUUCUUUUUCUCAAUAGUGGAUUUAUGGAGAAAUUUCAAAUGGUGAACUGCAGAAAAAUCCCUUCAUAGGAAUGUCUUAUGGGCCACCCGCGAAGAAAGUGAAAAUUGAGGGCGAAGAGGACAAACAAACAGAACAGGAUCGAUCCACAAAUGGUAAUAAAUAGUCACUAUCAAGAGCUUUGCAAAAUUAUUAUCGUUCCGGUCGUACACAGAGACGAAGGGCGAGACUAAUCAUAGGCUCGCGCAGCGUACUUGUUUUCGUGUGGACUAAAAUGCCACUAAAAGAUAUCUCUUUUUAAACAAUUAACAGCAUUAAAAGCAAUGUCUUGAAUUAAUAACGACGAAAACAGAAAUGUUCGUUUUUUUUCUUUCGAUACAUAUCAAGAGAAUAUUCUCUUUUACAGAUCUGUUAUUUACCGGGCGUGAGGUCCGUUUGGGAGAUUUAGACCGACCGGUAAAUUUACUUUUUUUUCGAUGGUUUGCUAGAAAAACUCCGGACCGUGGUCCAUUUGUUAAAUACUGACUCGGCUACCAGCAUGCAAUUAGCCGGUCGGAUUCGAGGACUUAAGAUUUCGGCCCGCCUAGUAAAAAGUUAAUAAGUAAAAAAUUACGGUAUUGUCACCGGAAACCUUCCUCGUUUCCAGAGGCAACCCAAUCUUAAGAGCCGUGCGUCGCCAACCAUCAAAGGUGAAAGCCCGCUGAAAGAGGCCAAUAAUCAUAUCAUCACUGGGAACGCAGCCAGUUUCCCGUGACAACGACACAAUUUUAACGUAAAAACGUGGUCGCCAUACUUCCUUCGCUCCUCACUCAACCUAAAGUCGUAGUAUUUUCCCGUCCAGCCCAACCAAACUCAGUCAAUGAGCAUUUUAUCAUAUAAAACCAGCUGUUUAAAUCUAUUUAGUGAGACAUUAAACAUGUAUGCCUGAUUCUGCGCAGAAAACCUGGUGAUAAGGUCAGAACCUUUCCCGCAACGAAGUACACCACCUCCAUUAUUUCUGCCUUCUGAUGUCACCGAAGACAAGAAGCCUUCUGUAAAUGAUAGUAGCGACUUGAAUGACGCUGUUACUAAGCAAUCAGUUGACAAUGACAACAAUAAUGACACGAAGAAGACUGAGGUGAAAACUGAGGAUGUUGUUGACGAUCCAUUUGGAGCUUUAGAUUGGAAAGACGGAAUUGCCACUUUACCAGGUACAGUCAUGUGCCGUCACAAGUCAAUUCCAGUCUAAGAGUUGUGAAAGAUGAUGUAGUCAUGCUAUUGAUACAAGUAAACUCGGAAAAAUUGAACUCUGAGGCACUCGGCAAGAAUGCUACAACUUCCAAAAGGAGGAGGUUUUGAUAAAAUGUUUAGGAUAUGUUUCUCCAGGCACCCCUCCACCCCUCUGAGUCCUGUAGUUGUCCGUUUACGCAGUACUUACAUAGUUGUCCCUGUGGUGUUUUUAGGAAGCAACCUGAAGUUCAAACUGACUGAGUUUGGAACUCUGGAGAUUAUCAGCACCAUAGAAACAGACAAAGGCGAAUACGAGUGGAGUACACCCACGCAACACCGCAAGACAAGCACGGAUGAGAGAGAAAGCAACAAAAAGAGCAAGAAAAGCAAAGGUAAAAAGAUAUAAAGUACAUUUUAUUGUUGAAGGAAUCUUUUAAUUACGUGUCCUAAGUGAUCCAGGAUUUCUUCACUUUGCCCUGUUGCUGAGUUCAAGAAAACUCGCGCCACCAUCUCAACCGAACAGAUGGAAAAACUAAAACCAAUCCCAACUCGGCCACUCGCGUUUUCCAACGCUUCAAGCAAGUUGCCUGUUUUUACUGUUGCCUGUUUUUACUUGAGUUCAUCGUUUAAUGAUGAGGUUAACCGUUGUAUUGAUUGCUAUUCAGUUGAAAGCUGCUCUAAUCCAACGUAAACCGUUUUUAGCAUGGUUAGUUUUUCGAGGAAAUUGCUGACUGGAAUUUAUUUUUCGAUACCAUGCCUAAAACCUGCCUAGAAAAAUCAGCCUUUUCUUUUUUCUUGCGAAAAACAGUUUCUGGGAAAAGCCCGAAUUCCUCGUCAAUAUCUCCGGAAACCAGUAGCAUUCUGUGUUGUGAAGUCUGUGGGAAAUACGGCCUGCCUCAUGAAUUCUCCGCCUCUGGAAGGUUUUGCAGUCUGUCUUGUGUGGGCGUGUACACCGGUAGACGAAACAAAGGCAGGGAAUACGUUCGACAUGCUAAAACAGUGGACGGCAGGAUCGUCAAAAGGAAAAAGAAAGAUAAAUCUAAGAGUCAAGCUUUGUCGCCUCAUGAUGGGGAUUUGCAAAAUGUGAGUAUCUCCAGGCCCUGCAUGAGAGGAAGUUUGGAUUAUAUUGUCAGUUUGUUGAAAAAAUAUAGAAAGCCGACUACAGUCUAGUUGGACGAAGGCCAUCCCCAUUAAAUGUUAUGUUCCCCAACGCCUUCUCUCUCGCGUGGUUAGGUUAGUCUGGCGACAAAAAUGAAGGAAAAUUAUGAGGUCGGUGGGACUAGUUGUAGUGAUAUAUUUUGGUUUGGAAUUUUUUUCCGAAUGUCUCCCAUGAUCAACUUCUAACUCCUCGCAAUAGUCGUUUUCUACGAAAAGUCUAUUUGCAGCGUUUUUUUUCUGUAAUUAUCCAGAGUAAAAUUUUGGUUGUCAGACAAACUUCAUGGAAUUUUUUUUCACUCUCCCACAUACGGUCAGUGGGGCGAUAGGAGGCAAAACUUUGUAUGUGGAUCACUUAAUCACCUACUGAUCGAGUUACUCGAGUUCUUGCGGUUAAUGAAAGCCGGACGUUUGUUUCUGUCAAUUUCAGGAGACAUCGCCUACGCCAGAGAAUGACCAAGAAAUGUUGGGAGCUCGCCGGACGUUUAAAGUUAAAAGAAAACGAAUGAAAAACAAGUUGAAGUUUAAGAAAGCCUCCUUAAACACAACAGAUCUCAUGAAGGGCGAAGACGGUGAGUGAUAAUUGAUAAGAACACUUUGAAAUUUCAGGUUGCUACCAGCAACCAGGGACUUUCAAACUGUUGUAGCAAGAGCCAAGUCUUGAUUCACUGCCGUAAACAAGCCGAGACCAAAGUAAUGUCAACGGCCAAUCAGAUCUGAGGGAAAUAUCAUAAAUAGCCAAUAAGAGCCAAGAGCAAAACACGCGGGGCGCGGGAUAACGCAAGCCGCCAAGUCUUGAUUGGUCUUGAUUGGUAUAAGGGCUGGCUCUUAAUUGGUUCGUUAGUAACGUUGAUUAAAACCAGAGCAAUCUCAUAUUUCUUUCCACAAUCAAUUCAAAAUUGCUUGAAACAAAAUCUACCCAGACUGACUUACAACUGAGUCUGUCCUGAGUCAACUAAAUUUGAACGUCUUCCUACAGCUCUUGCAAUUGUAUUUUUAUACUCAUCUCCACUAAAAUUUCGAUAAUUUGUCUUCUGAAUUAGAUAACCAUCUAACUAAAAGGCUCUAAAAUACUAUUACUGUUAUUUUGCAGUUCCGUAUGACUCAACCAAACCUUUUGUAUGGGCAGAUUAUCUAGCAGCUUGUGGUUCAAACCCUGUUCCAACCAGCGUAUUUCUUCAGGUUUGUGUCAAUUUCCUUUUUUCACACGAAGUGUUCCCGGCCAGUUGUUGAACCUUGAGAUAUUGCUGGUGUGCAAUAUCAUCCAACGUGAGAGAAACCCUUUUUUAACACAAACGAUUUACUUUUGUUUGAAUAAAGAAAUGCGAGGACUGAUUAAGGAGGUAAGAACGCUUUAUCGAUUAAUUGUUGUAAAACCAAAGUAAUCAAAAUGGCUGAUCAGGAAGAAGAGAUAUAUGGUAAAGAGCCAACAGGAAGUUAAAGGAAAAAGAGCCACGUUUUGUUUGCUUGUUAUUUGGCAUUUGAUCAGUUGAGAAAGAAGCUAGUUUUCUGGGCUAAAUACCGAACAAAGUUAAGAAAACCAGUGCCAUCCCGAAUCACUUUCGACAAUCAGUGUAAGAUAUCCCUGAAAAACCCAGAAAAGGCUGAGGGCCAUACAGAAAUACCCCAUUGACUGAAAUCCGUUACCUUUUUCGCGUUUUCACAGGAAAAUCCGUUUAUCGAUCUUGAAAACAAAACGUCUUGCGGAUUCGAACAGGACAUGAAACUUGAGGCGAUCGAUCCAAAGCACCCGUCGUACAUUUGUGUAUGUACCAUAGUCAGGGUAAAGGGCACCCGAUUGAGGCUUCAUUUUGACGGUUGGUCUGAGAGUUAUGACUUCUGGAGCAGCGCCGACUCACCAUUUAUUUUUCCGAUUGGCUGGUGUGAGAAGAACGGUCAAAAACUUCAUCCUCCUCGAAGUAAGUGGAGAACUGAAAAUACUUCCAGUGUUUAGCUGUCCUUUCCUCUUCUCUCAAGAAAACAAAGUCAGUUUGGGUAGUUCUUUUUAGGUCGUGGAGUUAGUCAUUAUCAACACACAACAAAUGAAUUUAGUAAAAACCACAACUGGAUACAGUUCUAGUAUUUCUCACAUCAUUACCCCACAGAUCGGAAAUAUACAUCGAUGAACUUUUUAUAGAAGGCAGAAAAGGAGGGGGGUUGCUAAGCAAGAAUCGGGGUCGGGACAUAGCUCUACCCCCCCCCCCCUUUGCAAAAACUGACAACUUAAUUGUACUUUUCCAAAACUGAUCACAUAUGCACUGGACGCUGUUAAGAUUGAGAGGAGAUCAGCUGGUACCAGCGAAAUACGCAGGAGAUAUUUUACGUGAUUUGAGUAAACGCGUGCAUUUGGAUUGAUUCAUCUUUUGAAGCUUAAUUAUAAGGUCUUGGUCUGUUUUUAGGCAUGUUAUCUUCCGAAUUCAACUGGGAUAAGUAUUUGAAGACUUGUGAGGCAAAAGCAGCUCCUGAAAAUCUCUUCAAACCUGUAAGUUUGUCUUUUAAGGCUAAUGUUGCGGUUUCUUUCAACGUGUCGCAAAUGCUGAAGUCACUACUUAGGAAUGAUGAUGCUGAACCUGAAUGGAAUAGGUUCCCCCACCUACCCACCCCUUCCCUGGACCAGAAUUUCCUCUUUUUCUCCUCGUUAUCGCUGGUAUUUAUUUGUCCUCAUGGAUGAAGUGAAACACUCCGAGAGUGAAGUCUCUUACUGGCGAGAGCACAACACAUUUACUGGCUAGGAUUCGAACCCAUUAGAUUCCCAGCCAAGGGUGCUUACCAUUAGCACUACACUAUUUAGUAGAGAUUGAGGACAUUUCUUUUUAUUUAUGUCAUUGUUCUCCGACGUCAUAGUAAAAUUGCGGUAUCUCUUCAAGUCAUCCGAGAAGUAAAUUCAUGUCUCAGUUAUUGCUUGACGUAUUCCUUCGUCUUAUUUUCUUCAGAUCUCACCAACUAAACACGGUUUUAAAAACGGUAUGAAACUAGAGGCCGUGGAUCGAAUGAACCCGGAUCUAAUCUGCGUUGCCACAGUAACAAAUGUGAUUGGCAACCACUUCCUAGUUCAUUUUGAUGAGUGGGACGACUCCUAUGACUACUGGUGUGGGGAUGACUGCCCUUACAUUCGUCCUGUGGGGUGGUGUAAGGAGAAUAAUAGGAAUCUUAACCCACCCAACGGUAAAUACUGACGCUUUAGUAACAACAUACCAUGUGACUAUUUGAGUGUCAGGCACUUAUACAUCCUCGUCGUUAAAGAGCUUAGUUUCGGCCACAAAGGAAAGAAGCGUACUAGAUGUAACGAAUCCUUUCUACAGAAUACUGGUUAUGUAACUUAAAGGAACCUCGUCAGCCUAAUAUUAAAAAGUCGCUCAUUUUUAAAUCGUCUCCAUCUGCUCCACCUUAAGAAAUAUCCACGCUCCAUUUGGGUCUAUCCCACUAAUCUUUUCUUUUUCUUGCCUGCCAAACUAACAUUUUGUAGUUUCACAUGGUCGUUGCAGAUAACAAAUAAAGUUAUCGCGAAGUAGCUCCUUUCUUGGGUUAUUUCAUACACUAAGCUGUUUUAUUUAUUUAUUCAUUUUUACAAAUUUAGACGACGAGUUUCAUACAUUUCGUUGGGAGGAUUACCUCAAAUCCACAGGAACCAUUGCUGCUCCAUCAUAUUUCUUCAAAACGGUGAGUUUGAUCUAAACAAUUCCUUGAUAAAUGAACAAUUUCAGUCACUGAAAAACGCUAUCUGAGCCGUCGCACCCUGUUUACAAACUUCACUCCUCACUCUUUACCCUUUUCUUUUACCUUAAUAUCUUUUGCUCUUGUUGGAAAUGGCUCCAUAUGUCCACAGAGGCCUUUGCCCAAAUAACUCAACCAAUUUUCUAUCGAUUUCUUUUCCAGCGGGCUCCGCCAAUUUUCGAAGUCAAUCACAAACUUGAAGCAGUUGACAAAAGAAAUCCCUCCUUAGUACGGGCCGCCACUGUGGCUGAAGUAAAUGAGUACCGACUGCGAAUACAUUUUGAUGGAUGGGAUGAUAUUUAUGAUGACUGGUUUGAGGCUGACAGCUUGGAUCUCUACCCAGUGGGGUGGUGUGAAAAGACAGGUCAUCCUUUGGAGACCCCCCUCAGUAAGUUGUUGGCUAUACAUUACACCAUUUGUGAUAGAACGCCGGUAGAUUAAUGCGAAAUAUGCAUGGUCUGAAGUUUGUUCGUCAAGUAAAGAACGUUUCCAGCUAAUUUUGUUGCAUAUGUAAUUUCAGCGACGCGUGAGAAGAUAUCAAGCGCGGCGUGUCCGACUCCCGGAUGUAAAGGAAUUGGACACGUGAAAGGCGCGAAGUACUCAACUCAUCACAGCACGUUUGGCUGCCCCUACUCUCUGCAGAACCUGAACAAGGACUCGUGUCUUGUCGAUCGACUUUCUAAUAAUUCCAUGACUGAAGAGUCGGAUUGGUCUUACGCCUCCAAACAAAAAUUAGCAGUGGUGAAAGCCAUUAAAGGUAUUGGUUUCGUUAAAUUGUGUUUAAUUUCACUAAGUUAUGGGCAAGCUAGGCAACCCUAUUCCCUGCAAUGUCGUAGGCCACAAAGGCAUCGCAAAAAGGCUUCAAAUAAGCGCUAAAACACAGGAAAAAAUUAUUUUGGUCUCGGAUAUACUCUCCACAGUGAGAGACCGCUGGCCUAAAACACUUAAUUCUCUGUAUUUGAGGCGACCUCGCUCGUCAACGGCUCUGAACCUCGCACGCGGAAGUGUUCAGUCUGUUAUUCAUCUCUCUAUUUUUGGCAAUUGUGCAGUAUCUUGCGCUGCUAUUGAACAAAAAGAUUUGUCAUGUUUCAUUUUUAAAGGAUCGAAAUCUAUUCCUGUUUCAGAAGAAAUUUCCACCAACCAAGGAGAUGGGACCUGUCCGACACCAGGGUGUGACGGGACCGGCCACGUGAGCGGACAGUGGAAGACACACUACACGUUAGUACUUUUCCUGUAAAUACUCAGCGAACAGCCUUACGAAAGUGCGCAUGCGCUACACUUUAUUAACAUUAAACAUGUUCUAUGAUAACGAGUACAGGUGGGUCUACGAUUGAUCUUCUCCCAGGAUUUCUUGUAGGAUGAUUAACUAGAACGUUUUUCCUUAACUGUUCGAGAGCGGUCAUGGAACCUCUUCGGAAAACAAGCAAAAACCACCAUCUAAUAGAAACACGGUAAACUCCUAAAUUCCAAAAGGAACAAUCCUCUAAAAAGGGACUUGACCAAAAAACUUGAAAAGCUGAAAAACUCGCACACGAUAAAAUCGUACCUGUAACAAAUACUCACGAUGUGUUUCAAAUUUUAAAAGACUCAAAGUGCACGCGUUCUAGUCGCGCAUCACACCAAUUUGGUUUGGUCUUCUUAGUAUUUAUGUUUUCAUUUUUCUUACUCUUUUAAGCCUGUCAGGUUGUCCUCGAGUGAAGCAUUUAUCAAAAUCUCCCUUAUCAAAAUCACCAACUGCAAAGAAACCCAGCUUUCUUCAUUCACCCACAAACAAGAGUUUUGCCGCAGGCAUUCCAGAAUCCAAUGUCAUUGGCACACGCAGUACCUCCAGGUAGGGAAGGUUUGUAAAUUCUUCAGCGAAAGGAACCAUUUUUUUAAGUUUUAGGGCAAGGGUAGGGGAAGUAAAACAACAGAAUCGUGCAGAGGAAUUUUUCGUUAAAUUUAAUUUAUGAAAAAGGAAAAUUAGAGGAUUUUUUCCCCAAAUCAUUUACAGAAAGAAAAGAAAAAUCCUAGAAGAGAUUCCACCGACGGAAAAGGGUCCUUCAGGAAAAAUCAAGAGGAGAGCAGUUAUCUGGUCCUUUUGAGGGAAAUCUUGAAAAAUAAUUUUCAGACACUUUUGCAACAGUUCUACCCUAAACACUUCAGUCAGUCGGUAAAAUUGUUGCCGUUGCUACUGAGUACUACUAUUUUAUAAAGAAAGAAGUCUUUUUUCACGAACUUGAGACGAAAAAUUUGAUCAGCAAUGUUGAAGCCGUCAUUGAGAAAAAUUGACUUAUCUUACAUUACUAAUUUUUCGUUUCAGGCGAAUUAGCUCCAAGGAGGAAAAGCCCGACUUUGCCAAAUGCAAAGGUAAAUCUCACGCACACAAGAAGUUUAGACAUUCGCACAGCCAAGACGAGCUGCUUAUAGAGUGAUUUUCAAUUCAGCGUCGACAGUAAUUUGGGAUUAACCAAUCAGAUGUAAUACUUAAAGCAAUCGCGGCUAAGUCCCGUUUUCCCACGCUUCAAGCAGUUUCUUUGUUUUCACUUUGAGUUUUUAUUGGCUAAUGGUGAUGUAACCUUUGUUCUAAUUGGUCGCUGGGAUACUUUGGCGGAAGUGUUAACAAUUUCCUUAGACUUUGCAUUAUUGUAUCGAAACUAGUAACUAAAAUAAACCAAAACACGGUAAAUCAGUAAUGAGAACGAUUGUUCCUUUUGUUUUUUUUCAGUCGCAGAUAAAGCCAUCCAGCACGUGUCACCGUUCUCGUUCCCAUGGCCUCUCGGUAGCGGGUUUCCUACAGCGUUUCUAAGCGAGCUCAGGACUUCCAUUAGCCGUAAUAACAACGCUGCACUGUCCAGUGAGCGUCAGCGAAUGAUGGGCUGGGAUGUCAAUGACGUUGCCAGUCACGUAACAUGUCUGGGUUGUGGAGAUCAAGCCAAAAUUUUUAUUGAACAGGUAAUUGUUCAUCUUUCCCUAAAGUGCGUUUCCUUUUGUAGAAAUUUCAAUUAAAUUGGUCAAGGACAUAAAAGUGCAGAUUUUAUGGCCUAACACAGAGACAUAGAAUGACAAGUUGCUGCAGCAAGCUUUUGUAACAAACCGUGUCGUGUGUCUCAUUUUUAAGCCCUUGGCUUGCUGGCUUGAUGAUUUUCGUUCCUCAUUUGUUUCUGUCAGAAGCUGCUGUUUCCGGCUGGUGCUAAUUUUAGUUAAACCUUUUCCUCUCUUCUCCGUGUAUUCCACCGUGUACACUGCUUCCUAAACAAAUCGUUGCAAAUCAUUCUUAUGGCUGUGAUUAUGCGUAUAAAUUCAAACCACCUCGAAUUCGUGCCUCUUAUGUCGAGUACAAAAUAAUGCCGCAGGGGCGAAGAUUUUCACGGGAACUUUUCUUGUCGCUCCAAAUGAACUACUCCUGAAAUUAUCUCUGCGCAUGGUCACGAAGCGUGUUUAGACCCUCAGAACUCGUAGUAUGAAUUAAUCGGUUAUGUUUAGAUUAUGAGUCUGAAACGUGAAGGCCUGGGCUCAGUUGUAGAAAGGUCCGAUAACGGUAUCCAACGGAUAAAUUGCUUCUGUAAAUUACUUCUGGCGGAUAAGCGAUAGCAAAAUUUAUAGCGUUCACCAACGUAUAGAAUUUUAUCCAGUGGAUAGUGUUAUCCAACCUUCGAACAACCGGGGCCUGAUAACUUGCGCCAUCAACUUUUUUAUUUGUUUCUUGCAGCAAAUCGAUGGAGAGGCCUUCCUUUUACUCAACCAGAGCGACAUCGUGAACAUUUUAAAGAUCAAGCUUGGCCCUGCCUUGAAGAUCUACAACACCAUUCCAAAAUUUUGAUGUACUCACUCUUAGCUGUUUUAUACAAUAUAGACAAUUCAUUCGCCCCAGUCCCUAACGGCUGUGAAUAGCCAGGCACUGACAUACGUAAUCAGCAGUGGGCUUCCCUAUGAAAUUUCAUUUGAUAAUAUCAAAACGUCAAUCAAAAAUAAGCCUUGAGAAAUCUCGCAUCAAGGAAGAAUUUUUUAAACUAUUUUAAGUGAUCUACUUUAAACAUUAGUUAGAAACAAAUCGAAUAAACCUAGCUUCAUUGGAGAGAAUUUACGUUCGAUUUUACCUUGUUUGCGUUUCAACUAUCAAAAUUGGCAUCCACAUAUUAAAUACAUGCUAUGGUAGAUUUAGACCAAGGAAGACGGGGCUCUCUCUAAAAAUUGCUGGGAGUUCAGCGUGUAGGAAUAAUCCUCACAGAUAUUUCUAUUAAAAUUUAACUUUUAGUCUUAUUGUGUUUUGAUGGACUUAUGCCCUAGUAAGCAGGAGAUAACUAAACAUUGUCGUCACAGUGCGAAAAAAAAUAAAAGAUUAAUAGUCCCUUCAAGUUCGCUGAGGGAAGAGGGACAGAUGGGUGAGACCCCGGGAGGAAAAAGGACGGUAGGGUCGGGAGACAGGAGAUGACAGGCCGGGAAGUGGGAAAGAAAUACAGAAAAGCAGACAUUCCUUAAUCGUUAAUCUGCAUUAUUUCUCAACAAAAGAGCGGGAAGCGAGGGCCAACCGUCCUCGAGGUGGAACAGUGGGAUACGCAUGUAUAUCUUGUUAGACGCUUUGGCGUAGAGUAUCG